GGCUGUCUAGAAACCUCUCUCUCGCUGCCGAGGCAAACCCAAAUACGAAAAAUGACAAACAAAAACAAUGAUUAUCCUAAGCCCUGGAGCCUCUGCUUUUCAAAUCCCCAACAUUACUCGUACUGAAUUUUCUUUCCCUUUCAACUGCUUCCCACCGUUUUCAACCGUUAAAUUUUCCUUAGAGAAUCAUGCUUCACCAACGACUUCGUUUUUGUUGGUUAAACCUAAAAGAAGCCAAGAAAUGAGUACCCAAAAUUUGGAUAGGGAGAUAGAUGAAGAAGAAGAAGAAGAUGAAAGUGGAGAAUAUGAGGCAAGGAGAGGAGAGGGAAGAGGGGGAAAAUUAUGAUAAUGACCCUGAAUUUGCUGAGAUUCUUGGGAGCUGUCUUGAUGACCCACAAAAAGUCGGUCCAAAGUAUGUAAAGACUUGGUCAUUUGAUAAAUUGAUUUGCAGGAAAUGGUUUGUUCUUUUAAUUGAUGGAGAUGAUUGGAUGUUGAGAAUGAGGAAGAAAAGGAACAAAAUUUUGCACACAAAGACUGGUUCUGGGACACCCAUGAAAGUAACAUUCUACAAGUGAGUUGAUAUGUAUAUUGCCCAUGCUUAAUGCUCCAUGAUUGUGGAGUUUAGCUUGGUUGUAGCUGAUCUGGCAAAUGGGUUGAAAAUUCUUGAACCACCUUUUCCUCAUUUGCCAUUCCUGGAGUUCUUUUCUUCUAUUAACUUCUCAUAGUUUAGAAUACAAAUCAGUU